GGAGGGACGCCUCAGGCGGCAAUCCCAGCCUCGAGCCUCUGCGAUUACUGUCCAGAUGGCCAGACCCAUGCGCCUGCUCUCGGUGGUGGCUGUGCUGGCGGCCUCAGCAAGUGGGAUGCCGUGUCCCGCCUCGUGCCCACAUCAGCAGCAGGGGGUGUCUUCUUCUCCGUGGCGGCUGAUGCUGCUGCCCCCCCGUGGGAUCAUCGUCCUCGUGCCGUGGUACAUACAUAUGUGCCUUUCGCAGCAGUUCACAGAUGGAGCGCCUGCGUUGGCAGCACCAGUCCUGCAGGCAUCGGUGGCGUCAACGGGGAAACGUGGGUUCGGGCCGGCCACAACGGAAGAAGCCGUCGGCCUGCCGCACUGGGAAGACCUGCUGCGCAACGUCAUCAGCGCUCCCGACAGGCCGUGCGGUUUUGGCCAACUGGGGAGCGUGGUCGGUCUAUGUCACGUGCUGUCGUCCUCACCGGACGGCGAACAAACACUGACUGCUCGGACCAGCUAAGCGAGGGGGUGACGCCGGUCUGCAGCGCACUCUACUACGCACUGUUUGAGGAUAUUUGGGUGUGCUGGCUGUUGUCUUUAUACCACGGGACAAUGACUUAAUACAAUCUCAGUGAAAUACUAGAGUUGGAACUUUAACAGUGGCAACUAUUUACUUACAGCUCGUACAAAAUAGGUACGUGUUUCAAAGUUUUACUAACCUUCAAAGCAGUCGCCAGCAUUGUGUAUAACCCUUUGCCAGCGAUAUGGAAGUCGUAGGAUACCCUUAGCAGUGCCAGUUGGUUGACAGUUCGAGCGGCGCGGUCUAUUGCCCGACGAAUUUGUAGCAGUUCAAAACUUAGAACUACUUACACCUAACUAACCUAAGGACAACACAAACAUCCAUGCCCGAGGCAGGAUUCGAACCUGCGACCGUAGCGGUCGCGCGGUUCCAGACUGUAGCGCCAGAACCGCUCGGCCACCAGCGGCCGGCUGUAGCAGUUCUGAAGCGAAUGCCGUGAAGUGAUUCCUUCAGUUUAGAAAUAGAGCUGAACUUACGACGGCUCAAGUCAGGCGAGUGCAGUAGGUCGUAUAGCACUUAGCAGCCCCAUUAGUCAAACAAACCAGUAACAGCUUUCACUAUACGUGCAUGAGCAUUGUCCUGCAAAAUGAUGGUCAGGUCCUGCAGAAAGUGUCAUCACUUCUGUUUCUAAGCUGAUCGUAGGUUGUGUUCCAAAAAUGAACAGCAUAGAGACAGGAGUGAUGACACUUUCUGCAGGACCUGACCGUCAUUUUGCAGGACAAUGGUCAAGCACGUACAGUCCAAGCUGAUUUGUUUGACUGAUUGGACUGCUAAGUGCUAUACCACCUAUUGCACUCCCCUGACUUAAGCCCUCGUGAGUUCAGCUCGAUUUCUAAACUGAAGGAAACACUUCACGGCAUUCGCUUCAGAACUGCUACAAAUUCGUCGGGCAAUAGACCGCGCCGCUGAAACUGUCAACACAACUGGCACUGCUAUGACUAUAUCCUACGACUUCCACAUCGCUGGCAACGGGUAAUACACAAUACUGGUGACUACUUUGAAGGUCAGUAAAACUUUGAAACACGUAUCUGUUUUGUAUGAGCUGUAAUUAAAUAGUUUCCACUACUAAAGUUCCAGCCCUCGUACAUUACUGGCCGUAACAGCUCACAUCCCAAGACAUACUGCUCGACAAAGUGACAAGAAACCCUGCCAUAGCGAGAACUAACUUGGUCACCUGGGGCACAGCUGCGUUCCAUGUGAAAGUAGCGCGUUGUUCCAACGAUCACAAAAAACGAUGGAUAUUAACAACUUACUGACGGUGAGAAGGAGCAGAGAGUGACAGUGCUGAUGUAAAAGGAGACGGAAUGUUCAAGUUGAGUAAGCGAAUUAUCUGUAAACUGUAUCAGGAAGGGAUAGUGCUGAGCGGAUUGUGGUUUCAACUAUCUAUAAGCAAAGUGCGCACAAUAAAUAUGACGGGUGUUCAAUAAAUUAUGCAAUUCUUUUUUCUGAA